AUGAAGUGCACAACAGCCGCCGCCCUGGUCUGCCUGGCCACCACCGCUGCAGCCGCCCCGACGCCUAAGCCGUUCAUUCCCCCUAGCGACUUGUUCAAAGGUUUUAAUGAGUUUAAUGGGGAAUCGGUCUACAAUGGUUUGUUCGGCAAGGACGAGCCCGGCAAGGACAAGUUCAAGAAGUCCGACCACAAGAAGACCACGGUGAAGCCCUACAAGUACGAGGAGGUGCUCAAGUGGGACGGCGCCGGAUCCGAACCCUACGACUGGGGCUUCAACUGGAGUCGCCGCCCCCUUAGGAACGGUUCCUCCGGCGAGAGCACCGAGGACAGGAAGAAGAAGGAUGAAGAGCGCAAGAAGAAAGAGGAGGAGGACAGGAAGAAGAAGGAUGAGGAGCGCAAGAAGAAGGAGGAAGAGCGCAAGAAGAAGGAGGAGGAGGAGCGCAAAAAGAAGGAGGAUGAGGAUAAGAACAAGAAGAACAACGACCAAGGCGAUUGGAAGAUCAAAAACUUCAACCGCAAAUGCACCAGCGGUGGCAACGGAAACGACGAAUCAAAGGACAAGGACUGCACGAUCAAGUUUGAGAUUGAACAACCCGGCAAGUCCUCGAGCAAGUGCGAGUACAAGAUUGACACCCUGCGCGCAUCCAUCUCGAACCACAAGUGCAAUGACAACGGCAACGAGUACAACAUCGGCGCUCAGUGGAGCGACUUCUUCGGCGCCGACAAGGGCUUCACCACUCUCUCGGUCGUUGACCAGAAGAACAAUCGCAUCGUCUGGCCCGCUUACUCUGACACGGAGCUCAAGAACGGCCAGAACUUCAGCCCCGAUAAGACUUACAAGUCUCAGGAGGUUCCCAAGUGA